AAACGAGACUACCUCAGUCCUCAGACAGUCUUCAAAGGCAAAUACUUCAGGCGCUGAAUGAACACUCAAAAUAUUGGUUUUAUUUCAAUCUAAAGCUUUGUCUGAGAAGAAGUCUGAACAAAUGUCAUGUUUGCUUGCAUCUCUUUCCUGAAGACAUACGUACAGCUGACCUACUGAUCUGUUGAGCAGGAUGUCUCAAAAGAAGAAAUUCUGCACGGGAGCUCUGCUUCUUCUCCUCUGCUGGUUGGGUGGCCAGGUCCUUGGUGAGAUCAGUGACGACUUCUCCCAUUGUCUUGAUUUCUUCUACAAUAAAACCCCACCAAAGGGUAUUGAUUCAGCAGGAUACCAGCCAAUAUGCCAGCGUUACAAGAACCAGUACCACUUUGCCAGCCUGUAUCAUCGGCAGAGUCGUGCACCGCUGUACUCUGCGUACAGACUCGGUCUUGCAGAUGGCAAACGGCCCAAUAAUACCUGGAAGUACGAGCCGCAGUUGGUGUUUUCCCGAGCCAGCUCAGAGAUGACACCCUUCAAGUUUGCUACCUACCUGGAUCAGAAUGUGAUUGAGAGCCAGGCGAUGUCCAACGACUACAGGAACUCAAACUUCACAAGGGGCCAUCUCAAUCCCAGCAUGCACCAGAAGACAAAAGAAAACCGCCAGGCCACCUUCACCCUGACAAACGUAGUCCCUCAGCGAGCGGGCUCCAACGGUGGCUCGUGGAACGGUCUGGAGAAUGAAGUGCUAAAAAGAUUCAAAGCCUACUGCAACGGGUCGAUGCAUGUGAUCACCGGAGUCUUGCCUUAUGAGUCUGAACCCCUGCGGAUCAAUAACAGGGUGUCUGUUCCUGAGUACAUGUGGUCUGCCUACUGCUGCCCAUCAAACAGAUCUGACCUUCCUGCCCAUAUGCAGUCCUUUUUCCCCACACAUGCUGCAUUGGGGAGAAAUGACCCGAAUAGUGGGGAGGAGAUUGUGCCAAUUAAUGUCAAGGCAAAAGCCUCGAAGAGGGGCUAUGAUGUGAGGCGCAUGUCUUUAGAGACUCUGGAGGGCAUCCUGGCACAAAGGCUGGCCAUGUCCGUCAGUCUGUUCCAUGGGCAGUGUCAGUAGAAAAGCUUUGCUGGGUGCUGCUAUGGAUGUGAAGAAGUCACCAUGUACUGCACAUGUCUUUGUACUUAAUUACUGAAUGAGUGUUUGAUUAAUCAGGGCAUUAUAAUUGUCUCAUGAUGCUUUACAUUUUCUUGUGAUUUUAAAGUUUUUUUAUUUUUAUCAAUAGUUUCCCCUUUUGUUAAUGUCAUCCUGUAACCAAAAAACCCUCAUGAUUUUACUAAUAAAAGCAGAUUUCAAAAGAU